GUGUGUGAGUGUGUGUGUGUGUGUGUGUGUGGGAGAGAAAGAGAGAGAGAGAGAGAAAGAAAGAACGUGGUUGUUUAGAAGCUUAGCAUAUUUAGCUUGGAUGAGAUGAUCUAAUUCUCACCUGUUUGUAUUUUUAUGUAGUCCUCUUCGGUUUAAAAGAAGAAGACGGAGAAAGAGAGGGCUAAAAGCACAGCGGGGAAAGUUUUGGACUUUAUACAGAGUUCACAAUGUCCAUAAGCAGCCAGAAGACCAGCAGCCGCGCCAUCCCGGCCACCAGGCGAGUGACCAUUAGCGACGCGGCCCAUCUGCCCCAUGACUACUCCAGCACACCUGGAGGAACUCUGUUCAGCACCACUCCUGGAGGAACCCGAAUCAUCUAUGACCGGAAGUUCCUGCUGGACUGUCGCAGCUCCCCGUUGGCCAAUACACCCCCCAGCUGCCUGCCUGAUAUCCCUGGAGUGACCAGCCCUCCUACAAACACUGUUACAAACAACAAAACCCAACCUCAAGAGAGCGCCAGCAGCCAGAGCGUCCCUCCUGUGGAUAAGGCCACGGGUGAGGACGCCCAGUUUGAAAUGGACAUCUAGUAAUGUCGGACGUCAGGAUUACAGUGAUGACUGUUCUUAUAAGGAUGAAUGAAACAGAAGCUGUCUCCCGUCAUCAACCUUCUUUUGCUAUCUACUGUUUUUUUUUUUUUUUUUACCCCAUUUCUGUAUCGAUGCUGUCAUUCCAGACACGCACAAGACAUUUACCAUCAAGUC